GCGGCGCCUGCGGGAGAGGCUUCCGCGGGUGCGGUGCGCUGGGAUUGCACUCCUGGAGCGGCGGCUCCUUCCCUCCGAAACAGCGCCCGAGCGCUUGAUUCUUUAUCUUUGUUCAGGAGCCUAAGGUUGCUUGCUGAUCACAAGAAGAUGUUUCUGUGGCUCUUUCUGGUUCUGUCAUCUCCAGUUUCUUCUACAACUGCAGAUGCUGAUAUAUCUGUGGAAAUUUGCAAUGUUUGCUCCUGUGUGUCAGUUGAGAAUGUACUCUAUGUCAACUGUGAGAAGGUUGCAGUCUACAGACCAAAUCAGCUUAAACCACCAUGGUCUAAUUUUUACCACCUCAACUUUCAAAACAAUCUGUUAAUUAUUCUGUAUCCAAAUACCUUUCUUAAUUUUACACAUGCAGUGUCCUUGCAACUGGGUAAUAAUAAGUUACAGAACAUUGAGGGAGGGGCCUUUAUGGGUCUGAGUGCAUUAAAACAGUUGCACUUGAACAACAAUGAAUUAAAGAUUCUCCGAGCUGACACUUUCCUUGGCAUAGAGAACUUGGAGUAUCUCCAAGCUGACUACAAUUUAAUCAAGUUUAUUGAACGGGGAGCCUUCAAUAAGCUUCACAAGCUGAAAGUCCUGAUCCUUAAUGACAAUCUGAUUUCAUUUCUUCCUGAUAAUAUUUUUCGAUUUGCUUCUCUAACACAUCUGGAUAUACGAGGGAAUCGAAUACAGAAGCUUCCAUACAUUGGAGUUCUGGAACACAUUGGGAGAAUUGUCGAAUUGCAGCUGGAAGAUAACCCCUGGAAUUGUACUUGUGAUUUGUUGCCUUUGAAAGCAUGGUUGGAGAACAUGCCCUAUAACAUCUACAUUGGAGAAGCCAUUUGUGAAACACCCAGUGACUUGUAUGGAAGGCUACUGAAAGAGACCAACAAGCAAGAGCUGUGCUCCUUGGGGACGGGGAGUGAUUUUGACGUGCGCAUUCUGCCUCCCUCACAGCUGGAGCCUGGUUACAGCACCCCGAACGGCCACACCACUCAGACAUCAGUGCACAGAUUAGUCACCAAGCCGCCAAAGACUACAAAUCCUUCGAAAAUCUCAGGGAUAGUAGCAGGCAAAGCACUAUCUAAUCGCAAUCUCAGUCAAAUCAUAUAUUACCAGACCAGGGUGCCUCCUUUAACUCCUUGUCCGGUCCCCUGUGUUUGCAAAACACAUCCUUCAGACUUGGGAUUAAGUGUAAAUUGCCAAGAAAGAAACAUAGAGUCAAUGGCCGAACUCGUACCAAAACCUUUAAAUGCCAAGAAGCUGCAUGUAAAUGGCAAUUACAUUAAGGAUGUGGACACUACAGAUUUUCUUGAGUUUGAGGGGCUGGAUUUGCUACAUUUAGGCAGCAAUCGGAUUUCAGCGAUCAAAGGAGAAGUUUUCCGCAACCUUACAAACUUACGGAGGUUGUAUCUCAAUGGCAAUCAGAUAGAGCGUCUGAGCCCAGAAAUGUUUGCUGGCCUCCACAACUUGCAAUAUCUAUAUUUGGAAUACAAUGUUAUCAAAGAAAUUCUAGCAGGCACCUUUGACCUAAUGCCAAAUUUGCAGUUGCUCUACCUGAACAACAAUCUUCUGCGAAGCUUGCCAGCGUAUAUUUUUGCUGGUGCACCACUUGCUAGGCUAAAUCUGAGGAACAAUCAUUUCAUGUAUUUACCUGUAAGUGGCGUUCUUGAUCAGCUAAAAUCUCUUACACAAAUUGAUUUGGAAGGUAAUCCCUGGGACUGCACUUGUGAUUUAGUUGCUUUAAAACUGUGGCUUGAAAAGCUAAACGAAGGUAUCGUGGUGAAGGAAUUGAAAUGUGAAACACCUGUGCAGUUUGCUAACAUUGAACUUAAGUCUCUGAAAAAUGAGAUCCUCUGUCCUAAACUUCUAAACAAGCCAUCUGCUCUGUUCACUAGUCCUAUGCCCGCUGCUACUUUUACAACACCACUGGGACCAGUUCGGAGUCCUCCUGGUGGCCCAGUUCCACUGUCUAUCCUAAUCUUAAGCAUAUUGGUUGUGCUUAUUUUAACUGUGUUUGUUGCUUUUUGUCUUCUUGUUUUUGUGCUUCGGCGCAACAAAAAACCAACUGUAAAGCAUGAAGGGAUUGGAAAUCAAGAAUGCAGUUCUAUGCAACUGCAGCUAAGGAAGCACGAUCACAAGUCAAACAAAAAAGAUGGACUAGGUGCAGAGGCCUUCAUUCCUCAAACCAUUGAGCAGAUGAGCAAAAGCCAUACCUGUGGCUUAAAAGAGUCUGAAACUGGCUUCACGUUUGCUGACCCGCCAGGGCAAAAAGUAAUUUUGAGAAGUAUUAAUGACAAGGAGAAAGAUUUAUUGCAUGUGGAUACCAGAAAAAGACUUAGCACAAUUGAUGAGCUGGAUGAGUUAUUCCCUGGGAGGGAUUCCAAUGUAUUUAUUCAAAAUUUUCUUGAAAGCAAAAAAGAAUACAACAGCAUAGGGGUCAGUGGCUUUGAAAUACGUUAUCCAGAGAAACUACAAGACAAAAAAAACAAGAAAUCUCUAAUAGGUGGUAAUCAUAGUAAAAUUGUAGUAGAACAAAGAAAAAGUGAGUAUUUUGAACUGAAAGCUAAACUUCAAGGUUCACCUGACUACCUACAAGUCCUUGAGGAACAAACUGCUUUGAAUAAAAUAUAGGUCAUGCAAUCUUAUUGCCUACAGAGGACAUUUAUUUAAUGAUGAAAGUGCCUUUUGUUGACUUUUAACUUCCAAAUACUAUAUUAUAUCGAUAGGCAUAGAGGCAGGUGCAUCGAAGGGUGUCUGAUUAACUGUAACUGCAUAUGAUUUGUCAAGUAGAGGAGAAUUUCCAUAGAUUUUACUACAUAAAGCUCAUGCCCUGUGGAAUCCUGUAGGGAUACUUCAAACUCUAUUGCCAAAGGGAUGCUUUAUACAUGUUACACUGAAUUUAACCUCAAGAGGCAUAUAUGUUUUGUACCUUAAAUGCAAAACCAUCGUCUCCUUGUGAUUUGUUAGAACAAACACAAGAAACCUGGUACUGGUAUUUGUACCUCAGCUGGGUCCCUCAUCCUGCACGUGGAUUUAAGUUGGUGGAACUGGAGUAAUCCUUUGAUUUGUGGUGUUGUAAUGGCACUGUUUAAAGAUUAUCUGAAAAGUAACAAGCAUGCAAAGAGAGAACAUUCGAUAGUAUGUGUAAAUUGGUUACAUUUAUGACCUGCAUCUUGAAACCACUGAAAUUAUAAUGUUAAAUUGUGCAAAUAUUUGUUUAAAAUAUAACAUGCAUUACAUACCUAUGGAAUAAAUUUGACCAUUUGAAGCAUACAUGUCUAUACCUAAAAUUAAAAAAAAAAGUAGUUCAACCUGACUUCUGCAGUAUUUGUGGCAUCUGAAGAAAAUAUUUUAUAUUUAUGCAGAAUCUGUUGUAAGACUAUCUCCAAUUAAAACUAGAGUUCCUUCUCAGUUAUGUGAAACACUUGCAACCCCAACAGGUUGUCCAGAAUUGUCAAAGUGCUUACCGUGUGAGCGUAGCAGAAAUUAUUUUUGUAAUAUAAUUCAUAUUUAUGAAAUACUUUGUAUACUAAAUAGGACAAAUAUGUACUCCUUAAUAUGUAUUUAAUAUGCCUGACUUGUUUUCCUGAUCACAAUGCAUUAAUCAUUCAGUAUAAAUAAAACCAGAACAAUAUACCAAACAGAAACUGAGGUUGUAAUGUAUAGAAUUAUCCAGAAUUAAGUGAUCAGAUAUAAUAAUAAAAAUUGUUCUGUACUCUUCUUGUGACAUUAGCAUAUUAUCUUACUUCAGAUUUGUUACCAAUGGUGCAUUUUAAAGUAGAUCCAUUAGUUUUUUAGUGUUGUGUCUCAAGCAAUUAUUUGCCAUCAGUUGUCUUGCUUUUCACGGUUCUACAGCUUAAAUAUUUUUCACUAGAAGUAUUUAGAGGAAUUCAUGGUAAGGGUAAUGUUUUAAUUGUAUAUGCAUAAUUUUUCUGUUCUUAUCUGUCUGACUGCUGUCAGGAAAAAAAAUAUUAGAACAGUGAACAAUAUGGCAAAUCAUGUCUAUUUAAAACCACUGUAAAAUGAAUAUAGUGGUCUCAGUUCAGAGUGUUGUGCAGCUCAUGUCUCGAGAGUUAAAAUUUGCUUUGUGAAAGCUGAGUAUGAAUAGCUAGGAGGGAAUGGAAAAUCCCCACUGUAUGUCACUGAUAGUACCUUGAAAUGAGAAUGGAGGUAUAUUGCUAAGCAUCAUACAGCAAAUCUAUAUUUUGAGAUUAACAAAAGUUCUUUGAUUGGAAAAGUAGUGUUUUCAUUAAUUUCAAUGAGCUUUGGCUAAGACCCUCUAUCUCCUUUGCUUCCAGAACCUUCCCCCCUCCUUUUUUUUUUAUAAUCAAUACAUAAAUCAAUUAGGAUUAGUAGGAUAAAAACAUGAAUGUUUUUCAUUAAUUUGAAACUAGCAAAUAUUAUAGCAAGACCCAAUUGUAAUACUGUGGAGAAGGCUGAGUCAGGACUUUCCAUUAUAAACCUCUGGUUUCGGGGCUUUAUGACACCGCUGUGAAAUUUUUAUUCUGGAAUCAUACUUGGCAAACAGCCAGCAGUAUAUUUUUAACAAAGUUUACAAAAAUAAAAAGGCGCUGCUUUAUAUUUAAGAGAAAGCAAAACAAAACAACAUUUUUCUACUUCCAGAUGUUUCUGCUCUUGUGACAUAGAGUUUUGGUUUAUUAUUUUUUCUCCUGUGACAAAAUAUGUACUUGAGUAUGGAAGGUAAAAUUAGAACAGAUAAAUUAAUGGCUGAGUUUGUUACAAAAAGCUGCUGCUAUCCAUGCACAAUAAUUUACUUAAUUCAGGAUAUCAUAGGACAUGGAUACUAGGGACAUGCAUUUCUAGCAUAAGAAGGUCUUAGUUGGCCAUCAAUGCAGUACAUGGCCAAGGCUUGAAUAAGAAGGUUUGAGCUUAUUGUGUCAAAAGGCUGCAGAUGGGGGGUUAAAGAUGCACUGCCAUGAUAGACUUAAUGGCUCCAUCAGGAGGCUGAGCAUUGUGUGUGCAGAGUGCUGCAUGGCUUUGGGGAUGGCCAGUUUCUCUGGAGUUAGCCAAAGCAUAGAGCUUCUGAGACACUUCAGUGCAUUGUCAGAGACUGUCAUGUCCCAUACCCUUUUCUUCAGAGGCACACAUUAAAAAUAGUAAAUCAGUUUAUACUUUUAAGUGAUGUUUAAACUGAUGUGCUUAUGACUCACAUUGCCCUGAGUUAAAAGAGCAAUGAUGAGUAGUCAUACAUUCCUCAGCUAAAAAAACCUGAGGGGUUUGUUUGAGGUUUUUUUGGUUGUUUGUUUUGGUUUGGGUUUGUUAAUUUGUUUUGUUGGUUUGGGGUUUUUUGUGGUUUUGUUUGUUUUGUUGUGGUUGUUUGGGGUUUGUUUGUUUGUUGUGUUGAUGUCUUCUAUUUUCUGAUCAAAAGAGGAAGAAGGACUGAACUGUUAAGAUGGAAGGAUAAACUGGGUCACAUUUUCCUGCUCAUUGAGGUCCCAAUUCAGUAAAGCAUUUAAGCUCAACCUAAAUCAUGUACAGAAGGCCUACUAUUCAUGAGCUCAUCAUUGCACACUUGCUCAAGAGUGGGGCUUAGACAGUUUCAUGAUUGACUUUAAAAAAAAAAAAAAAAGCAAGCUCAGAAACAUUGUAUUUAAUACACAGAGCCCAGUGACUCUUGGGAUUCUGCAGUUGCCUGUAGGUUCACCAGCAUCAGUAGAGGUUGCAUGAUCUGGACCUUCCUGUAGAAGUUGUUUUCAUAUAUGAUGCAAGAUAUAGUGUGAGAGAAGAAUGCAGAAGCUGGCAAAACACUAUUUCUGUGAAAUUGUUCCUUUGAAUGACAAUGUCAGUUUAUUUCCUCCAUGUUUUGAAACAGUGUAUGUUGUCUGCACAGCGGUUUGAGUGUAAUGACCAUUCAAAUCUAUGAUCAGUCUAUCUGGGAAGGUAACACUUGGGAUGUGGCUUCAGAAAUCUGACUGUUCAUUAUAUUGGUUUCAGUGGCCAUGUUUCUAAAAUGGCUGUUAAGGCCCAUAGACAUAAACUACAUCAGUGAAGGUGUUAACAUAAUCUGUUGUCUUCGUUGUAUGGUAAAGAAGUUUCAAUUUUUAAAUAAAAUCAAUAAAGUGUAAUUGUUUCAUUGAUAAAGUAAAAAAAUGGUGCAAUUUUAUCAGAAAGGAACUACCAUGGUGCAAGAAUGCAAGACCAUUAGAUGACUUAGUUUUGCAUUUAGUGUUUAAGAUUGACAAUAAUGUAGAAAUCUAGUAUAAAAAUCUUUUUUAGAAUAUUUUUUUUUAUAAAGAAGCCAUAAUGACAAUAUAAAUCAGAAAAGGCAUGGCCUUGUGAAUAAUGUUAAGAAGUGUUUCAAAAUGAAGAGAACACAUCCAGAACUUGGUGGUGGUAUAUCUAUAAUAUCUUUUGCAUGAUUUGUACAUCGAUAUUGUAUGAAAUGAGCACAGUGAGAUUUUUUUUUUUUUUUGUUGCAUCCAAAGAGGUAGGAAGGAAAUAUAACAAGAAUGUAUUUAUUAUCACUAUUUUGAAAUAAAGUAAAGAAAACAAAAUGUAUUGGUUUUACCCUUCUUCGAUCAUUACUAUUCUAGGUUAGUUUAUAGUCUGUGUAAAACACAGAAAGCUAUUGUUCAUGAGUUUUGUUUGCCUUCAGCAACAUCAGAAUAUUAGCCAGUGUUGACUUAAAAAUUUGUAUGAAAUAGUAAUAAAAUGGUUUGGUGCUAUUGUAUCUCUGAAACUAGACUUUAUUAAGUGCCUGUAAUAGUCUCUUUCGAAUUAUUUGUGUAUGGAUGAAAGAGAAUCUAUACAGUAGUUAAGCAGUAAUGUUUUCUAAUCACCUUGACAAUUAUUUUUUCUGCAAGUUUUCCCCUUCUGCUCUCUAACCAAAUCCUUGUCUCUGUUCUACAAAUAGUCCCUCCAAAUUUAGUGUUGCUGUGGUUUUUUUUGCAUUAGUAACACCAGGAUUUAGUUUUUAGUUUGAUUCUGAGAUCUCAUACAGAUGUGCUUAGAGGAACAAUCUCAUAAUGCUAGAGGCAUUUGUUUGGAUUCUGCUCCCUUAUCAUUAAUCAUUUUUAAUAAGACAGUUUUUCAGAGAAAAGUUAAAUUACCCUUAGCAAAAACAAAAAUCCAGACACCAUUUUAAUUGGUUAGGUUAAUUUUAUAAAUGAAAGUUGAAAAGACAUCUUUAGAUAGUUUACCUUCCAAAUUUGGAGAUUGUAGUAAAAAAUAUUUUACUAAGCCUACAUUUACAAAUCUUCAUGGGAAGGGAGAAGAGCAGAAACAGAAUUACAUCUAGAUUAAACAUUCACUGUUGUGUAGGAUUUAACGUGCAUUAUAAUGGUGGUGAAUGAGAAUCAGAAUGUGAUAUGGACUAGAAUAUCAGAACUUGAUAUGGAUUUUAUUUCACUGCCAGCUGCUAUGUAGGAGCAAACCCACCGUAUCAAUCGAGAAACAUCUAUGUACAUAUUUCAUAACAUUUCUUUCUAAAGAAAAACUUGAGAAUCAAGAAUAAGUGUUCAUGUUUUGAAAAUAAUUUGUGUGCACUGAUUUUGUGAAUGUAGAGGAACUUGGCAGUUUUCUGAUAAUAGUUUUUGCAUUACUUAGUCUUUUUUUCUAAUCACAAUGAAUUUAUCCUUAUGUAUUCUGAUUGAUGUUGGGAUAAAAAAUAAAAAGAAGAAUGUUAAUGCUCAGGGACAAAGCAUCUUUGAAAUGUACCAAUGUAAAUCCAGAUUAACUCAACAGACCUUAAUGGAAUCAAAUCAGCCUUACCCUAGUGAAUAGAAAAGCAGAAAUUUACCAUAUUAGGUUAGGAACUGAUCUG